CGCUCAGACAGACCUCACAAACUGAUGUUGUGUUAAUCUCUAUACAACCUGACUUUACAUCACAACACCGUCAGAUAAAUUGCAUUUUUUUAUUUCAGACAUCUGAACUGUUGAAGAAGAUGUUUCUCAUGUUUGUUUUUCUCUUUUUCUGCUUCACUUCUCUGGUUGGUGUGUUUGGUGAUGAAGUGAAGUCAGUGAUGGAGGGAGAUUCUGUUACUCUACACACAAAUAUUACUGAAAUAAAGAGAGAUGAUGUGAUGGAGUGGAGAUUUGGACGUCAAACGUCUACCAUAGCUAAAAUCAUUAACGGUAUUAAUCAAGUCUCAGUAUAUGCUGAUGUUCUUGAUGGGAGAUUCAGAGACAGACUGCAGUUAAAUGAUCAGACUGGAGAUCUCACCAUCACAAACAUCACAACUCAACACAAUGGAGAUUAUAAUGUAACCAUCACCAGCGCUACAGAGACCUCAUACAGAUUCAAUGUUAUUGUUUAUGCUCAUCUACCCGUUCCUGUCAUCACCAGAGACUUUUCACAAUGUUCAUCAUGUGUGUUGUUUUGUUUAGUGUUGAAUAUGAGAGAUGUGAGUCUGUCCUGGUACAAAGGAAACAGUUUAUUGUCCAGCAUCAGUGUGUCUGAUCUCAACAUCAGACUCUCUCUACCUCUGGAGGUUGAAUAUCAGGAUAACAACACAUACAGCUGUGUACUCAACAAUCCCAUCACAAACCAAACUCAACAUCUCAACAUCACUCAACUCUGUCAGAUGUGUUCAGAUACAACAGGUCUCACCUUGAUUUUGAUCUGUUCUGGUUUUGGAUUUCUGAUGAUUGUAGCUUCAGUACUGAUAUUCUGGAUCUACAGAAAACACAAAAACACAGAACAAGUUCAUACCAAUGGAGAGGAGAUUACUUACGCAGAUCCAACAUUCUGUAAAAGAGCAGCACACAAACCGAGAUCUGCAGUAGAGGAUGAUGUGGUGUAUGCAGGAGUCAUGAGACGAUAAACAAACUCUCCGUGAUUCACAACUCAACAUUCAGCCAUUUGUCUCAUCUUCAGUUUCUAUUUUAUCUUCAGAUUCUGACUGUUUGUGAGUUUAAAGUAUUUCCUGAACAGAGUUUGUGCAUAAAAUUACAUUUGAGAUGUCUGUCUUCUCUCUUGCUCCAAAUCAGUCACUUCCUUCAUUAAAUUUAAAAAAAGCAUAAAUAACAUGUUACAAGCUAAAAUGCAACUACAGGACAACAAUUCACCUAUUAUUAAAUAAUGUUAAUUAGAUAGCAGUUUAAUAAAAAGACAGUACUGUAAAACAUUAUCAGAAAGACAAAGAUUAAAAAGUAUUUCUGGUAUUUUAUUUUUGUCACUGAAUGCUUGUGACAGUUUAACAGCUUCAUUUCUGGGUUAAAGCAAAUGCUGAUGUGGAAAGAAAUGUGGGUUUGGUCUGUUGGUGGACAUGAGAUAUAUUUGACUGUUUGUGGUUAAUGUCUAUAUGUAUCUGUAUUUGAGAGGUGUGAUCAGUGUGUGUAGGUUUGUGUGAUGUGUGAAUAUCGUGUGGUUCUUCUUUUAAUGUCUUUACCUUAUCUUUCACUUUACACAAAACAGCUUUACACAAAAAUAAAGUACUUACCUCAUUAAUACUAACGUUUGAAAAAUAAAAGAAUCAAUCAAACAGUGAUAUUACUAUAUGGUAUUAUUAUAUGAAUAUCAAAUAUAAAAACUCAUAUGCAAAGACAUGCAUUUAUGUUAUUUAUCAGUGAUUUAAAAGGGGACACAGCACUACUCCAGGGGGGCCGUGGCCUGGGUUAAAUCAAAUUAUGAUGUUCAUAUGGCAUUUUAGUUCACUAUCAAGAGUCCUCCCCAAAAAGGAGUACAAAAAUUAAUCAAAACAAUGGGUAAGGAGAGAUGCCCACUGAAAGACAUGAGAACAUAUUGUUUUACUACAAAUUCCUGUUCAAAUUCAAGUGUUCAAAUGUUGAAUUUAUUGAUGGUUAUUGAAAAAAAAAACUCAGAGUCUUAGUCAUUCCCAUUCAUUUCCUGUGGGUGCCAAAAAUGUGCAAUAACAGCUUAAGGAGUGUUUUAAUUUCAACAAUUUAACAAUGUUCAAUAAAGUCCAGUUUUUUGGGUAUGCUUAUGUGGCAAACUUAAAAAAGUGAGCCUUUUAAGUUUUCUACUGAUCAGAUUAAGAGAAAAAAGUUAAAAUCAAAAAUAAUUUUGCCCAAAUUUGUUCCCAACAUCAAUUGAAGAUUAAACAAAUUAUUUGAUCCACAUUUUAAUUCUACAGUAAAUGUAGAUUAACUUCAAUCUUUCAAAACUUCAAAAAUGAAAUUCUAAAUUAAAUUUCAGAUCAAUUUUUAACUUGCAACUUGAAUCUACAAUUAAGUUGUUCUGCCAAUAUUAAAAACGCCUAAAUAACUGAUCUCAAGAUUUGCUUUGCUUCAGUGGUUUAGAGCAGCAUGUCAAUGUCAAAAAUAUUAAAUGUGGCGAUUAAUUAGAUACUAGCCAAUGAGAGCGAGACUAAGUAUUCACAGAAGCCAAAUAUGAAUUCAGUUUAAAUGUGAAAGAGAGCAUUGUUUGUUUGUUUAAUGCCAUAUAUAGCUUUAUUCAUGGGCAGAAUUGGUUAAUCUACACACAGGUUGCAGAAGAACAAUUUGGCAUCUCCAAUUCACCUACAAUGUAACUCUAUGCUUAACCACCACUGUUGAAGAAACUAACUAGCUAGACUAGCUGUUUCCCAAAACAUAGUAACUCUGAUGCACAUGUUGUUCAAAAAAUGCUGGUUCAGCAUGCUUAAUGACUCAUAACAUCUAUUAAUAAGGUCAAAUUAAAGGUAGUUUCUGUAAAUAACGAACAUGAAAUUUGACAACUACUUUUCUCCUAUUUAUGUUCUCCAUUGUUUUGUGUUAUUUUUUUGAUGUUUCUUUCAAUCACAAAUUCUCACAUCACUCCAGGGUUGAAUAAUUAUGAUGAA